CAUUCUACUAGAUUUGACCGUUAAAAAGGAAGUUAUACCUUGAUCUUCUCCAGCGCCCAACUGGACAGUCACUUUCUAUUUGGUAGGGUUUUGUCCUUUUCAAACCCUAGGGUUUUGCUUUCUCUCAAAUUCUUAGGGUUCCUCUGCUUAUUCAAAUUAAGGGUUUUUUUCUCUCUCCAAAACCCUGAAUUUGCAUAUCAUUUUGAAGGGUUUUCAAGAAACUAGGUCAAAGGCUUUGUCUUGGGUUUUUAUUAGCUUCUUUAGUCUUUUCUUUUGGCCCCAAAGCUAUAAAUUUGGAUACCCUUUUUUUCUCUUUCCAAAACCCUGAAUUUGCAUAGCAUUUUGCUGGGUUUUCAAAGAACUAGGUCAAAGGCUUUGUCUUUGGGGGGCUUUUUGCUUUAUGCACUCAUCUGGGGUUUUUCUGAUAUAGCUUCUUUUUAGUCUUUUCUUUUGGUUCCAAAGCUAUAAAUUUGGAUACCCUUUUGGUGGUUUCUCUUGGUUUUUGGUCUUUGGAAACUUAUUGGGUUUUCUUCAAAUUACUCAAUUAAGGGCGUUCUUGCUGUGAAGCUGCGAAUUUGGGAAAAUUAUACUGCAAAAGCCUGUGUUGGGUUUUAGUAGCAAGAAGCAGAGAUGAUUGCAGAGAAACCCAGUUGGAUUAGGCAUGAGGGGAUGCAAAUUUUCUCCAUUGAUGUCCAGCCUGGAGGGCUUAGGUUUGCUACUGGUGGUGGUGACCACAAGGUUCGUAUAUGGAACAUGAAAUCUGUUGGAAAGGACUUGGAAAAUGAUGAAUCCACGCACAGGCUUCUUGCCACCCUCCGUGAUCACUUUGGUUCUGUCAACUGUGUUAGGUGGGCUAAGCACGGUAGGUAUGUUGCAUCAGGGUCUGAUGAUCAGGUGAUUUUAGUUCAUGAAAGGAAGCCUGGUUCAGGAACCACUGAGUUUGGCAGUGGAGAGCCCCCAGAUGUUGAGAACUGGAAAGUUGCAAUGACUUUGAGAGGACACACUGCAGAUGUGGUGGAUCUUAAUUGGUCUCCUGAUGACUUGGCAUUGGCUAGUGGGAGUUUGGACAAUACUAUACACAUCUGGAAUAUGAACAGUGGAAUGUGUACUGCUGUUCUUAGGGGUCACUCUAGCUUGGUUAAAGGUGUUACUUGGGAUCCCAUUGGCUCCUUCAUUGCAAGCCAAUCAGAUGAUAAGACAGUGAUUAUUUGGCGAACAAGCGAUUGGAGCCUUGCUCACAGGACAGAUGGUCAUUGGACUAAAUCACUUGGAUCUACCUUUUUCAGACGGCUUGGAUGGUCCCCUUGUGGCCAUUUUAUCACUACCACUCAUGGUUACCAGAAGCCUAGGCAUUCUGCACCCGUUCUGGAGAGAGGGGAAUGGUCUGCGACGUUUGACUUCUUAGGACAUAAUGCCCCAGUUAUUGUGGUGAAGUUUAAUCAUUCAAUGUUCAGAAGGACUUCGACCAAUGCUCAGGAAGUGAAAUCUGCAUCUGUUGGGUGGAGUAAUGGGGCUUCUAAGACUGGAGGCAAAGAAUCACAGCCAUAUAAUGUUAUUGCAAUUGGAAGUCAGGACCGCACUAUUACUGUUUGGACUACUGCAAGUCCUCGUCCUCUCUUUGUGGCCAAGCAUUUCUUUACUCAAAGUGUUGUGGAUUUAUCUUGGUCUCCUGAUGGAUAUUCACUUUUUGCCUGUUCCUUGGAUGGGUCCGUGGCUACUUUCCAUUUUGAGGUGAAAGAACUUGGCCACAGGCUAAGUGAUACUGAAUUGGAUGAGUUGAAAAGAAAUCGUUAUGGAGAUGUGAGAGGUCGACAGGCAAACUUAGCAGAAAGCCCGGCACAGUUAUUGCUUGAAGAAGCUUCAGUUAAGCAAACUGCAAGCAAAAAAGUUGUUCCAGACAUUCAACAAAAGCAGAUACUUGUUAAAUCUUCUGUUGAUGCAGGGGCUGCAACAAAGACUGAACCUCAAGCUGAUGACGGGAAGAAGAGUGCUGGAACUGCUGGUGAUGGGUUAAAUAAGGUGUCAACUUCUGCCCGGAUUUCCAGUCCUGUAAAACAAAGAGAAUAUAGACGCCCUGAUGGCAGAAAGAGGAUUAUUCCAGAAGCAGUUGGAGUGCCUGUUCAGCAGGAAAAUCUUUCUGUCGUGGCUCAGAUCCAGGUGCUUGAGUUUCCUCUUAUGUCGUCUGAUCAUGGAAAGGAUGAUAAUGGGUUAGUUCCAACUGAGGGUGGCUUUAAAGAAAGUUCUGUCAGGGGGACACUAGGCAGAAGCUCUGAUUUAAAGGAGCGUUCAGGGGUCACUGCAAGGGCUACAAUUUCUGAUAGCCUAAUUAUUGAGAAAGUUCCAGUUGCUACGGGCAGAGAUGGAAGCAUCAACGUGGAACAGUCAGGGAACCUUAAGGCUUCUACUUCUUUGUUGCCUGCUUCUAAUACAUCUCUUUCUAUCAGGGUGUUUGAUAAGAAAGAAGGAUUAGAUGCCGUACCAAUUUGCUUGGAAGCUCGACCUAGAGAACAUGCUGCAAGUGAUAUUGUUGGGGUGGGAAAUACAUUUAUGAUGAAAGAAACAGAAAUUGUUUGCACUAGUGGGUCUCAAACUCUUUGGUCUGAUAGGAUCUCAGGGAAAGUCACUGUUUUAGCUGGAAAUGCAAACUUCUGGGCAGUUGGAUGUGAAGAUGGAUGCCUACAGGUUUACACGAAGUGUGGGAGACGAGCUAUGCCAACCAUGAUGAUGGGAUCAGCAGCAACAUUUAUAGAUUGUGAUGAGUGCUGGAAGCUGUUAUUGGUCUCGAGGAAAGGAUCAUUAUAUGUUUGGGAUCUAUAUAACCAGAAGUGUCUCCUUCAUGACUCAUUGGCAUCUCUGGUUGCCUUGAACCCUAACUCUUCUGCAAAAGAUGCAGGCACAAUCAAAGUUAUAUCUGCAAAGCUAUCAAGGUCCGGUUCUCCUCUGGUUGUUCUGGCCACUCGCCAUGCCUUCCUUUUUGAUAUGAGUCUCAUGUGUUGGCUAAGGGUUGCAGAUGACUGCUUCCCUGCUUCAAACUUUGCGAGCUCCUGGAAUCUGGGUUCAGUUCAGAGUGGCGAGCUGGCUGCAUUGCAGGUGGAUGUUAGGAAGUAUGUGGCAAGAAAGCCUGGUUGGAGCAGAGUGACUGAUGAUGGAGUGCAGACACGCGCUCAUUUGGAAGCUCAGUUGGCAUCCUCAUUGGCUUUGAAGUCCCCUCAUGAAUAUCGGCAGUGCCUCCUGUCAUAUAUACGCUUUCUUGCAAGAGAAGCUGAUGAGUCUCGUUUGCGAGAAUUCUGUGAGAGUUUUCUUGGACCUCCUACUGGGAUGGCUGAAGAUACAUCUUCAGAUUCAAGGAACCUGGCAUGGGAUCCUUGUGUACUAGGUCUGAGAAAGCACAAACUCUUAAGAGAGGAUAUUCUUCCGGCAAUGGCAUCAAAUAGAAAAGUCCAGCGAUUGCUUAAUGAGUUCAUGGAUCUCCUUUCUGAAUAUGAGAACAUUGACAGUAAUGUGGACCGGAAAAAUCCCUCCCCACCAUCAUCAUCUCCAAUAGCAACUAAUCAAAGAGAGACUGCACCACCAGUAGUAGAUCAGAUGGAUUCAACCCCCUCAGCAGUAGAGUGUAUGGAUUCUGGCCCUGCAGCUACAUUUCAAAAGAACUCAACCCAGCUAACAAAAGAUCAAGCAAAAUCUGCUCCAACAACAAUAGAUCAAGUUAAUUCGGAUUCACUAGUGACAGAUCAAGUUAAUGUGGUCCCCCAGGCAAAAGAUGCAGGUUCUUGAAUUCUGCAUCUUUUAGCAGUUGGAGCUAAUGUCUGACAUAGGAACAUACCAACUUUUGCUUUGAGGUUCUUUUUGCCCAUUUCAGCUUUUUGUUCCGAGGAUAUGUGCAGUGUAAAUGAGCUCUACAGAAUUUACCUGGUCUAUUUCCUUUGAGCUCCUCCCUGAAGUUGCACCUGGGUUUGAAACAGAUCUAACUUUUGAUGCGCCAGAAAUUUCAAAUUUGCCUUCGCAUAGUUGGUUUUCUGCUAUUAACUUGGUUGAUCUUUUGUCUUGUAUAAUGUUAGCCAUAAUGUGAAAUAGAAUUUCUUUCCAAGGCCCUCAUGCCUUACUGGAUGAGUUACGUUCUAACAUGUAUUCAUAGUAUGGGCCUGAUGCACAGAUUGAAUAAAAAUAACUUGCAAUGAGUAAUUUAAUUGAUAGUAUUUUAUCA